AUGUCCCAACCCCAUAUGUCCCCCGAAAAAGAGCAAGAAUUGGCCUCCAAGAUCCUGCAUCGAGCAGAAUUGGCUCAGAUGACGCGUCAAUUAAAACUGGGUUUGAGUAAUGUUCCAUCGACAAAACGAAAGCAGGAUUCUAAGACAAAGAAAAGAAGUGGGGACGACGAAGACGCUGACGAAGAACAUAAAUCACUCUUAGAAGCUAUAUCUCCAGCGAAAAAGCCCCUGCACGAUGAUACUAAUAAAAUGACUGUUUUGUCACCCAUGAAGUUUAUAGAAAAGCCAAAUACUCCCCCAUGUUCACGCCAACGAAUAUCUGAAGACCGUCCGCAGCAGACCAAAUCUAAAAAGGAGGACACUCCAUCCACUCCAAGGGCUUCCGCCACUCCAAUAAUUCUGCCACAUUCCUCAUCGCAUCGUCAACGUCAAAACGAUAAAAACUUCAUGACACCAAAACGUAAUAAUAAUAUAAGGAAAAGAGCAUCAGUGUCUAAGGACGUGCCACAGGACAGCGAUAACACUGCCGGGGCUGAUUUAUUGAUGUACCUGGCCACAAGCCCAUAUAACAAGUCUUCACAUCACGGUACGCCAAUGAACGUAAAAAUGCCCACUACACCACGCUCCUAUCAUUACGCGUCACAAUUGAAUAUGAACGGCAAUACGGCAAAUGAUGCAGUAAGGUUCUCUCACAUCAAACCUUCCGCGUCCUCUCCACAAUCCACCUUCAAAUCGAGCCUUUUGCCACAUUUCCCAGAUGAAUCGCUCAUGGAUUCUCCAUCAUUGUACUUGAGUGCCAACAGCGGCAAUGCCCAGGCGGCAUUAUCACCACAACAGAGAAGAAAGCCCAUUACAAACACAUUGCAUCCACCUAGCAACGUACCUACCACACCCUCGAGAGAGUUGAAUAGCACCAAUUUCAACUUACUUAGGACGCCGAACUUCAACAUGGGGGACUAUCUGCAUAACCUUUUUAGCCCUUCACCAAGAGUUUCCAAUCAACAGGGCACCUCAAGCACGUCAACAGCGAUCUCUUCAGCACCACCAACAGCACCUUCGUCAUCUUUUAAUGCUCCCUCCAUAACAGCCACUACUAUAUCAAGUCAUACUACCAAUAAUUUCCUAGACAUGAAUGCGAAUGGACUCCCCCUUAUUGUAGGGCCAGGCGCCGAUCGUAUGGGCGAAUGCGAGUCCAUUGAUGACAAACUCACUGAUUGA